CUUCAAUGAACCUCAUGGCAGUACAAAAAAUAUUCAUCUCUUCUAACUUCUAAGCAUUCAGUAAAAGAACUAAACAUGGCAGAGACCAUUCGUUUGGCUGUUGCUGUUCUUGGCAAUGCAGCCUCAGUUGCCCUUUAUGCUGCACCAAUGGUUACCUUUAGAAGAGUUAUAAGGAAGAAAAGCACAGAGGAGUUUUCAUGCUUUCCUUACAUCAUUGGCCUCUUGAAUUGUCUCCUUUUCACUUGGUACGGUUUGCCUGUUGUGAGUUACAAGUGGGAAAAUUUCCCUCUCGUCACAGUUAAUGGAGUUGGUAUUGUUCUCGAGUUAUCCUAUGUUCUCAUUUACUUCUGGUAUGCUUCAGCCAAAGGAAAGGUGAAGGUAGCCAUGACUGCAAUACCAGUUUUGCUGGUGUUCUCUAUAAUUGCUGCAGUGUCAGCUUUUGCAUUCCAUGAUAAUCAUCACCGGAAGCUUCUCGUAGGUAGCAUCGGCUUAGGUGUUUCAGUAACAAUGUAUGGAUCCCCUUUGAUUGUAAUGAAGAAAGUUAUACAAACCAAGAGUGUGGAAUUCAUGCCACUACCGUUAUCCAUGUGCUCAUUUUUAGCCACUGUUCUCUGGCUGAUUUAUGGACUUCUCAUUCGUGAUAUAUUCGUUGCGGGUCCUAGUGCGGUUGGAACUCCCUUGGGGAUCUUGCAACUUGUACUUUACUGUAAAUACCGAAAAGGGAGUGUUGUGGAGGAUCCAAGUAAGGGGGACCUUGAGAAGGGUAACUUGGAGAAGGUGGAAAUGGAAAUUGGGAAAGUGGAAAUGAAUGUCACGAAUCACAUGAACGGACACUCGUGAACAAUGCGUCUAAGGGGAAAGAUUGAAGAUUACAGAAUGUUCUAUUCAGAUUCCUUCUUUUUAUGUUUUAUUUCCUUUAUUUUAAGACAAAAUGAUCCCCCCUUAGCUUUGGUUGUAUUGCUCACAUAUAAAUUAAGUUAUAUUACUUCCUAAUAAAUAGUUUCUUUUAUUGAUGAA